GGUCCGCCCAUUUCACAGGUGACGUUUGUUUGUGUUCCUGCCAGUAAUUUUUUCAAAAUCAUCUCCACUAUGAAAACAAAUGCUGUGCAAAAUGUAAUUAGAAAAAGCAUUGCUUGUUUACGUACGAUCAUUUAAACUUGGCAUUUUGAGCCACGGAUGGUGGUUCUUGGAAGGCGAGGAUUCCACUUCUGAAGCCUUUUUUCAUUCUCUAAUUUCUUUUGACACGUCCGAAAAUGGCCACACGGUGUUGGAGCAAUGAUUCGAUCGUCGCCGAACACAAAGACCUGCAGGCGAGUGCGAUGGCCGUGGACCAGAGCGGCACGCUUGCGUUGCUGUACGGCCGACGGUACUUGGCCGUCGUCAAUUUGGACGAGCCGACGGAAACGCUGAAGAAAGUCCUGCGCCAGAGCAAGUACGAAGUCGGCACCGCAGACUGGAAUCCCGCUUCUUCGCACGGCCAGUUUGCUUUCUCAAGCAAUCAAAAAGUUGAGGUGCUGCGAUGGACAAACAGCGACUUCACCACCGAACACUCUUUGAAGGCGCACACGAGGGUGGUCGCCGACCUCCAGUGGCACAGAACUGACCCCAACUUGCUCGCCACUUGCUCUCUGGACACUUUUCUGCACAUUUGGGACUUGCGGGAUCUUCGUCGGCCGGCGCUGUCCCUCUCUGCAAUUGUUGGAGCAAGUCACGUCAGAUGGAACUGGACUUCCAAAGACAUUUUGGCGUCGGCUCAUGACGGCGAUGUGAAAAUCUGGGACCAAAGAAAGGGCACCGCUCCCUUUCAAUACGUCUCAGCGCACUUGGCCAAAAUUCACAGUCUCGACUGGAACCCCAAUUCAGAAAACCAUCUCGUAACCUCCAGUCAGGAUUGCACUGUCAAAUUUUUUGACGUCAACAGCCCAAGAAGGGCUGAAAGUGUUUUGACUUUUUCCUUUCCAGUUUGGAGAGCCAGACAUGCCCCGUUUGGAAAUGGGCUCGUUACCGUGGUUGUAUCUCCGCUACGAAGGGAAGAAAACAGUCUGCUGCUGUGGAAUAUUGAAAAUCAGGCUGCCCCUGUCCACACAUUUGUUGGACACACAGACGUUGUUCAAGAAGUUGCUUGGAGGAAGCAAAAAGAUGACAACCACGAUUUCCAACUUGUAACUUGGUGCAAAGACCAAAGCUUGAGAAUUUGGCGAAUCGAGCCAUCUCUGCAAAAACUAUGCGGACAUUCACCAGCUGAGCCCAAUGAAGAAGCAAAGGAAAUAAUUUUAGAUAAUGAAAUACUGACUGACCCUGUCGAGAGCCAAGAGGCUGUCGUUGAGGACCCAUCACCUGAGCCCACAGAAAUAACCACCCCAAUUAUGUCAUCGCCCUCCCAAGCACCAAAAACGCUCCAGCAAGAAUUUUCGCUAACCAACUUCAACAUACCCAAUGUUCGAGUCGAUGAAAUGGAUGCAGUCGCUCGAACCUGCAUUGUUACCGCAACCAUAAACACUCACGUAGCUGUACUGCUCUUUUCCUUCCCACCUGGUUACCCAUUCAACUCCUCACCUACCUUUCAACUCAUCAAAGGUUCAACAAUAGACGCUUCAGUCCAAGCAAAAAUUUUGAAGGCCGUUAAACAGACUGCCCAGCAGAGGGUGCGGAAAAACAAAUCAUGCCUAGAGCCCUGCCUGCGAACUCUCGUUUCUAGUCUGGAAUCAUUAGUAUUGACUGAAGACACCUCUGGCAACAAUGACUUUAUGUCGCAGUAUCUCGAACCUACCAGUGUGUACGGCUCGUUUAAAGACGCCUAUAUUCCGUUCCCUCGAAGUUCGGGAGUAGCAUUCUGCAGUGCUGGUCUCUUGGUUUGCUUUGGCCAGCCUGGAAAUCUCUCGCGCCGAGUUUCAGUUCGGUCAGAGUCUAGUGCAACGCCGCGCUCCCUCUCAGCACUUGGACCUGCAUCAGCAGCGUUUGUCUCGGUCGGAUCAAUCCCGCCAUUGUUUGCACAAGCAGGCGGAGGGAAUGGAUCGCAGGUGCCAGAAGCUCAGGGCAUUACCAGCUUUUACUUUCCUGACAGGCAAAGAGCCAGAAGUAAAGGACGCAAUUCAGCCAGCGGCCCUUCCACUCACCGAGGCAGCGUUGCAAAACCAUCCAACAAAAUCUCUGUCACAAUUUAUGACUCGGCUGGACUUCUUUUUGUGCACCGGGAGUUGGCUGAAAAGUAUAAGCUGAAGGGUCGAGACACGGCCGAAGUCUGCCACCACAAUGCAGGCGUUGCCCUUUCAGCAGGCCGCAAAGACCUGGCCCAAGUUUGGCAGCUGGCCGCCUUGGCCGCAGCUACCCCGCCCUUGCCUCUACCACUCGCUUCUCAUUGGAGCGAAAACGACGAAGACUCUCCGUCAGCCUGGGCAGCCCACCCCUUUGGUAGGGCCAUGAUCGAGGCCCUCAUCCAGCACUACGCCAUUCAAUGCGAUGUGCAGACGGCGGCCAUGCUGAGCUGCAUGUUCGGCAGCCGAACGGAAAACCUCCCGGGCCACAGAAAGAAAAUCCCAAAUGCAAAUGUUUCGCGGCUUACGUCUGGCAAGUGGUGUUUGAAGCCCGGCGGUUCCCCAUAUCACACUGUGCACCCUGCUGACACGUCUCUUGAAGGCUGGAAUUUCCACAUGCUGAAGCAGAAUCGUUCAAACUCGUGGUCCGACUCGCUGGACGAGAUCAAACUUUUGACCUCCACGUCGGAAACAACAGAUCCGGCGCGGAUGGAAGAAAUUGAAUUAUCUCAUAGCAAAAUGUUGGAUGAGAAAAAUUCGGAACUUCAUGACUGCUUUAAAAGGGUUUACGCAGAGAUUUUGUACCGCUGGGAAUUACUUGAGGCCAGAGCCCAAGUGCUCAAGUACGUCAGCACAAACAUCGAAGUGCACAAGGGCGUCGAAUUUCUCACCGACUGCCUUCAUUGUUCGAAACCCGCGCAAGGACCCAGCUGUAUAUUUUGCAAGCGACUAGCUCUGCAGUGUGCGAUUUGCCAUGUUUCUGUUAGAGGAUCAGCCAACUUUUGUUUGGUGUGCGGACACGGAGGUCACACCCAGCACAUGACAAGCUGGUUUGCCAAAGAAAACCAAUGCCCCACUGGUUGUGGGUGCAAGUGUCUGAAGGACAGUGGAUCUAUCCUGGAACCAUAAUGUCUGUGAUAAGGAAAACCUGUAUUUCUCAUUGUUCUCUGUCAAAGCAAGAUAUUAAAUUUUAACUAUCACAA